AUGGCGGACGUGGACAUGACAGAUGCUCCUUCUGGAUCGUCUGCAGCAGUAAGGAAAACUGUUGGCAAAUCUAAAGCUGGCGCAUCCGAGGGCGGCGUUGAUGGCAAGAAGCGCUUUGAGGUGAAGAAGUGGAACGCAGUGGCUUUAUGGGCCUGGGAUAUUGUCGUUGAUAACUGUGCUAUCUGCCGAAACCACAUCAUGGAUCUUUGCAUCGAAUGUCAAGCCAACCAAGCUUCUGCAACUAGUGAGGAAUGUACUGUCGCAUGGGGUAUCUGCAACCACGCCUUCCAUUUCCACUGCAUCUCACGUUGGUUAAAGACACGUCAAGUCUGCCCUCUCGACAACAGAGACUGGGAGUUUCAGAAGUAUGGUCGCUAA